AUGGCAGAAUCGGGAGAAAUUUCAAGGGACAUGUCCCAAUCGAAUCUGGAAUACGACUUUGGUGCAGACUUUACACCUGACACUCCCAAUGAACCAGAGACCAUCUCCCCCGGAAUAUUACAAGCGUCAGCCCCGCCGAAGAUCGGCAAUCGCUUCUCGUCCGAGUCUGUAAAGAUUUUGAGGAACUGGUUCGCGACUCACGAAAGGCACCCGUAUCCUACUAUUCAAGAAGUCCAGGAUCUCCAGGAGCAGACGGGACUUAAUAGGCAGCAGGUCGUCAAUUGGUUCGCGAAUGCAAGAAGACGAGCAAAGGUUCAUCUUUCUCGGCCGACGUCGCCGAUGUUUCGGAAUGACGACUCUGGGAACUCUUCAGGUCAUCACACCCCGAUUGACACGCCUCGGAGACGCGGAACGCCUGCUCCAUUCGAGCACAUGAACCCGCUGCAGAGAUGGGCAAAUUCACCACCAGAGCAUGAGGCAGCGACUGUGGAUGAUAUCACGCGAGCUGUUGCAGCCUUUUCGGACCGGCAGGGAAGGUCUCGAAGCAAUGGGUCGUCAAUAAGCAGCAGAGGCACAUCUGUGUCUAGUCACGAUUCUGGGUCUUACAGUUCUGCUCAUUCUCGACACUCUUCAACUUCGUUUGACAUUUUCAAAAGACAUAGUCGACGGAGACGUACGAAAAUGAGGCGGCAGGAAGUCAGGACGAAUUUGCAGCAGACUCAAAACACCUACCAGUGCACAUUUUGCACAGAGACAUUCAAGACGAAAUACGACUGGCAGCGACAUGAAAAGUCUCUACAUUUGUCUUUGGAGAAUUGGGUGUGCUCGCCAAAAGGACCAACUGCAAUGCAUCCAGAAGAGGGGCUUCUUUGUGUGUUCUGCGGCAUCAAAAACCCCGAUAAAACUCACCUGGACAGUCAUAACCAGAGUGCUUGCAUCGAGCGACCAAUUGAAGAACGAACAUACCACCGCAAGGACCACCUUCAGCAACACCUCAGACUAGUCCACAUGUCGAAAUUCCUCAAGUGGCCGAUGGACGAAUGGAAAGUCACGACGCAAGAAAUUCGAUCCCGUUGCGGGUUCUGCGGUAUUGAUCUGAAGACCUGGGCUAGUCGAGUUGAUCACCUCGCGGAUCAUUUCAAGGCUGGAAGUACCAUGGAGCACUGGAAGGGAGAUUGGGGUUUUGAAGCGAAAAUCAUCGAUAGAAUCGACAAUGCUAUGCCUCCUUAUCUUAUACAUUAUGAACGUAACUCUCCGCUUCCUUUCGCUGCGACAAGAGGACCGGCAGAUACACCUACAAGCGCCUACGAAUUAAUUAAACUAGAGUUGGAGUAUUAUAUGACAAGUCAUCAUCAACACGACAUGCCUCCAGAUGCAGAGCUUCAUUUCGAAGCAUGUUCUGUGAUUUUGGGUGCUGAGAUUGCUUCAAUAAAUCCAGCGUCUUCAACACCCUCCUGGCUGUGGGAUAUCUUCAUGUCAGCUGUUGACAUCGCCAAUCAAGCGACAAUGCGUCCAACAAAGCAAUUGGCAGAAUCACGACUAAGUCAACUCAAAAUUAACGGGAAGAGGAAUAUUUUUGAGAACUGCGAGCUAGAGGGUGCACUGCAGCAGUACAUGUCGGCACAUACUUCCAUGGGACAUGUUCCGUCUGAUUCCGAACUACAGCAAGAAGCUUGCAAUGUUCUCAAUCGGACAGAAACGUCUUCGACAAAUCCUUCACGGAGAUUUCUGGACUUUUUGAUGAGAUUGGUGUGGAGCUCUACACUGUGGUUGGGUCCUCUGCGGCAGCGUGCUUCAGCUUUGAUGUCGUUGACGAAUGAAACACUCGACGAAUCUUACUUUCUAUGGGAUGGGGCGUUGCCUUUGGAUGCUUCGAUGGAUCUGGACAUUUCUUUGCAGGGUGCAUGGAUGGCAGAGAAUCGAUCUUUGUCUCCCGAAGGAGUACCCGAAUUGCCACCAAUCCCUUUAACUCCAGAUCCACGAACUCUCAUCAGAGAUAAAGUACGAACAGCUACGCCAUUCUUCAUCAACGACAACAACAGCUAUCGGCGCCUGAAACGGGAAUUAUCGCGAUUCGUCAUGACCACGCUGUCACCAAACAAUCCUAAUCGCCACAUCCCAAGUGACGACGAACUGAAAUAUCAAGCACGGUGGAUUUUAUACGAUGACGACGAUCCCUGGAAUCAAACACCCGUCGACAACGCCGAGUGGUUACAAGAAUUCAAACGAGACAUUGGUCUUCCAACCUAG